GUGCCAUGCCCGGACUAUCACACUGUGGACUUGUUUGACUUGUCACGGAGGCUUUCGGGAAAACAAUGAGUGAACAGUAGUUGGUUAUUAUGAUUAUUCUUUAUGAAGUAAAUUAAAUAAGAAAAGAAGACUGAGGUCCAGGAGAUCAGCGCAGGAUGAUGGCAGAGCGUCAGACGGAGGCUGCGUUUGAAACGACCGGAUCCAAGUGGCUGCAGCCCGUCAGUGACCAGCUCGGCUUCCCCCUGGAUCAGGUGAACUUUUUGGCAUGUCAGCUGUUCGCCCUGGCAGCCGCCUUCUGGUUCCGGCUCUACCUCAGCCCUCGCCAUGCCAACCCCCUGGUCAGACACGCGGUGGCCACGCUCCUCGGCGUCGCCUUCCUCAUCUUCUGCUUUGGAUGGUACUCAACGCACAUCCUGACAGUGGUGGUUACAAGCUACGUGAUUAUGGUUAAAGCCGAUAUCGACAGUGUGCACAGGUACUCCAUGGUGACGGCUAUGGGCUUCCUGACAGUGUGCCAAGUGAGCCGCGUGGUCAUAUUUAAUUAUGGAAUACUGUCCACUGACUUCUCUGGGCCUCUGAUGAUAGUAACUCAGAAGAUCACCACACUGGCUUUCCAGCUCCAUGAUGGUACAUGCAAGAAAUCUGAACAGCUGACCCCGGAGCAGGAGCUGCAUGCGAUAAAAGUGAGGCCCUCUCUCAUGGAGUACCUGAGCUACAAUCUGAACUUCCUGAGCAUCCUGGUGGGGCCGUGCAGUAACUAUAAGGACUACAUAGACUUCAUCGAGGGCCGACACGUCAGCCAGAGGCUCAGGCAGCACUCAGGGACGUGUAACGGACAGAACGGCUACGACAAGACGCCAAACCCGUCCCCUCUGGCCGCUGUGUGUCAGAAGCUGCUCGUCUGCUGUGGCUGCAUGCUGUUCUUCCUCACUGUGACUCGCUCGUUGCCCAUAACGUACAACGUGGACCCCCACUUUGUCAGCCACGCCCCCUUCCUCGCCAGGCUCACCUACGCUUUCUUCUCCAUACAAGCAGCCAGGCCCAAGUUCUACUUCGCCUGGACACUGGCCGACGCUGUGAACAACGCUGCAGGUUAUGGUUUCAUGGGGAUGGAUGAAAAUGGAAAGCCAUCAUGGGAUCUCAUCCGCAACCUCAAUAUCUUGGGAAUCGAGACUGCAACCAGUUUCAAGACAUUCAUCGACAACUGGAAUAUUCAAACAGGAAUUUGGCUCAAAACUGUGUGUUACGAUCGAGCCCCCAAGCACCGGUUGGCGUUGACAUUCGUCCUGUCGGCCCUGUGGCACGGCGUCUAUCCAGGCUAUUAUUUUACAUUCAUCACCGCCAUCCCCAUCACCAUGGCAGCACGAGCAAUAAGGAAGUCGGUUCGUCACAACUUCCUGUCCUCCACAGACUUGAAGCUGUUUUACGACGUCCUAACCUGGGCGGCCACUCAGCUCGCCAUCUGCUACACCGUCAUGCCUUUCUUACUUCUUGCAGUAGAGCCCACUUUGGUUUAUUACAGGUCCAUGUACUUCCACGUGCACAUCAUUAGCAUUCUGAUUGCGAUCGGCCUGCAUCGGAAACACAAAGCCAGGGACCCCUCUGCCACCACUAAAACACACUCAGCCCAGUGCCAGCCUGUUCACUCCAACAACAACGACAAAGUAGACUGAAACCCCCCCCCCUCCCUGUCACGUUGUUUCAACAGGCGCUCAGUGCACGGUGUUCUCUCAAAGACAAGUGAAUAUCCUCCCAGGGAAACCAUUUCUGAGACGCCACACAGGAUUUGAACCUUCGGCACUGGAUGAACACGGCAGGAGCUUUUCUGCCAUAUUAUAAGAUGAAGACAAUACACGAGACAAGCUCAGUGGACCGACUGGAACGAAGACUAGCUGAAGGAGCAUCUCUGGUGCCACCACCAGGAAAAUAACUGACCUCCCUCAACUUCCCCGACCCCCCACCCUCUGUCCCCUCCCUGCCCAUCUCGACCCCGGGCCGCCCGCUCUGCCAAACAAUGUCACAGUGUGAAGAGAGAGAGGAGACUCGCUCUCCCCCCCUGUCCUCUAUCACCACCGUCCUGCCCACUGGUCGGACGUCAGCCAGCGCAGUGGGAGAGCAGCUCAUGAAGAGGGCACGAAUAUCACAACGCACACACACAAAAACACUAACUCAUGCAUAGACAGGCACUAGGAAACAAAUUUGCACAUAUUUUCUCUUAGACACGCUUGCACUCGGUCACACUCUGCUGCAGCACAAAGGCCGCCCUUGUGAGGCUGCAACAAAGAAGCCUGCCAUAGGGGGAGAGAGAGAGCCUGUGUACCCAUUGCACCCACUAUGCCCAGAGUGUGUGUCUCUGUGUGUCUCUGUGUGUGUGUGUGUGUGUAUGUGUGUGUUGGCCUUGCCAUAUAAAAGUGUGGACUGUGUCGCUAUUCCUCCCACUGGGUAGAGAGUCACUUGAAAUACAUAUUAGCCCAAGCAACUCUCAGACGAUCCAUUGAAACCACAACUAUAAAAAUGUUUAUAGGAUGAGAUGACAGCUCCUCCUCGACUGUUCUCUAACAGUUGAGUUAAGUUUCAUUGGAUCAUGCUACAGCCGUCAUGUAAUGUGUAAAUGCAAAGGAGAGGUUGAAAAUAUGUAAAACAUCAAAACAGUUUAGCAAAAAGCUUUAGCUCAUGUCAGUUUGCAUCUCACGCCAAUAUUCUGAUAUUUAUAUGAUUAGGAAUGAUAAGCAAUGAUCAAGUUAAGACCUGGAGUAUUCUGACCUUUGUCGCAUUAUGUAGACAUGUAUAUGUUUUAAUUCACCUGUAAAACUUAUUUUUGAGUUUUUACAGCACUUUGCCUCAUCAACAUAUGAACUGCUUGACAAUGCACAACCUGAUUUUGAGUAGAAACAAGUAGUAGGAUGAUAUAUUGAGUCCUAAUCAGACUGAAAAAUAAUAAUUGCAAUUUGCAAUAAUGUCUUAUUCAGAAUAAGGUCAAUAGUUGGAACGAGUAGUCAAUAGUCGUCAUAGACACAUUACAAUAUGAGCAUAGAGAAUAGAAAACAUAAGGCUUUUCCAAUACUGUAAUCAUUCUACUUGACUCUAAGUGGUGUCCUUCUGUGCUGAAUCAGUGGGGAAUGUAAUAGUGACACAGUUCAUAAUGUGUUAGUACUUAUUAUUUAAACGGUGCCUGAAGCCUGCGCUGUGAUGCAGAGUAAUUGAACAGAAAGCUGCGGCUGAACUGAGAGGAAAUACAUUAGAAGUUUCUCUUUUUUUGUCAGUUUGUCCACUGAAAAUAUGACUAAAAAGUAGGAACUUGGAACUCAGGUGAAUUUCUUGCCAGUGGCAGUUUGGUGAUGUGUUCAUUCUCUGGUCUGUUACUGAGGAAGAACACAUUCAUAAAACUGGAGAUUCACCGGAGCUGAGCCGCAGCCGCAGGUGGAGACGGCUGCUGCCUGUGUGAACUGGGUGAACUCUGCUGAAUGAAGGUAAUGAAGGUGAACCAUGUGGGACUGAAACGGCCACACUGCAGCGUCUCCCACUGCAGACUCACACUGACCAUGAGCUCAACACUUAUAGAACAGUUUCUCAACUAUACUCACAAUCCUGUCACUUCACCUGGAUUUGAGUUUUGCACAAUCACAAGACGGUGAAUCAGAGGUCGAUUUUUGUGAUUCGCAAAAACGACGCCUUCCCGUUUGUUUAUAUAUAUUUUGUUUGUGUAUCAUUAAUUAUGAAUUUGUUUUGGAGUCUUCAUUCACGAGAGGUUCGGGUGCGCUGGGAGUUUUCAUAAGCGACGGCACAGUGGCCUGGUUAUUGAUGAUGCUAGCUGCUGCAGCCUAGCAUGUAGGUUGGUUGCAAUGCAUCUAGAAUUAUCUAUAGAAUUAACAAUUGUUAUAAAAUAUAUACCACAAGAGAAAUAUUCCAGAUUUCAGGGGGAAAACCAGGUUUGGUAGCUAUGUGCAAUUUAACCUCAUGUCAGUCUCCCUCGGCCAAUUAGACCAAAUCCCUUUCUUCUUUUUUGUUAAUUAUUUUAAUAUUUAACUGCACCUUGGUCACUCUCAAUCGAAGUUAAUGAAGUAUCAGUAGGGAACAGGGAUUUGUAGUCAUUUCAAUGCCUGAAAUAAUUAACACCCAGAUGGCUCGAACACUGGCUGCACCUGAACUCCUCAAGAGGUGUGUGUGUUUGUGUGCGUGUGAUUGUGUGUGUAUGUGUUCCCAAGUAUCCCUUUGCCUAACCGCUAUCGCUGCAACGUUUAUUGUUUUUGCUCUAGAUAACAUGUUCAUGUGUCUGCAUGUGUUUUAGUGCAGGGACAUUAGUACAGAAAUAUAAUUUAUGUAUGUGUUAUCAGAAUGAGCAGCUAUUUCGAUGACUUAAUACUGAUCAUGAAGAUGUUUGUAUGUAUUUUACGUUCGUGUGAUGAAUUGUACUGAAUGUGAGAGUGGGCACUGUGUGUGUGAUGUUUUUCUUAUUACGACGCUGUUCCAUUUCAGUAUUGUUCUUAUGGAGGAAAGAGUGAGUGGUAUAGAAAACGAUGAGUAACAAAUAAAGUUGAAAUGAAUUAGA